UCGAAAUCAAAAAUACCCAACGAGAAAAUAUCUCAGCAACAGAGCCAAGUUAAUGAUGUAAUUGAAAUGGUCAUUUUUGUGUUGUUUUGAAAAAUCGUUGGUGUUUGGUUUAAUAAAUCAUCUCUUUGAGUUGCCCUGCUGAGAAGAGAAUUCCAGUGUGUUUCACUGAACAGACUCGUCGUGGUUUCUUUAGCCAAUUGGGUCUCUCACCCCAGAACUGGAGGCUUAAUUUUACCCAGCCUCUUUGGCAUUUUGAUUGAUGUUCCCGUGGCUCCAUCCGGCAGGCUAUAGCUAUAAGGGUAAAGCGAGGCAGUGAAAAAAGACAAUCGUCUGUAGUUCAGUCCUUCUCACACAUGCAUUCAAUGCUAUUAGAUAACGACAAGUCUGGACUAAACUGCGUUUUAGUUGCUGUAUGAUAACUGGGGUGACGUGGAGGAUCCUGUAGGCUCGCAGGAGCGCGCGCGUCUCUCCACAUCAUGGAUCAUAUGGGAGCGCAUCUCCACCAGACGCACGCAGACACCAUCAGUUUUGGGAUCGAUCAGAUUCUUAACAAUGCAGACCAGGGGAGCUGCAUGAUCUCCAACCCCAGAAUGCAGGAUCUGGACUACGGUUUAGGCUGCAUAGUCAGCACAGCCUAUAAUACCAUGACUGGCAACUACAAUGUUAAUAACUCGGCUGGAUACAAUGGAAACUCGUGCAGCGUUGGCUCCUUCAACGGCUCGUACAACAUGAACUUGGGCACGAAUGUUAAUGGGAAUUGCCUUAAUUCUUCGGGAGUGAUCCGGGUUCCAGCGCACCGGCCGCUGGGCAGCGUUCACUCGUCCAUUCCCACCAGCACUGCCACGGUGCCAAGUAUGGGAAGCAUGGGCACCAUUAACAAUCUCACGGGAUUAUCGUUUCCAUGGAUGGAGAGCAACAGGAGAUAUACCAAAGACAGAUUUACAGGUCACCCGUACCAGAACCGAACGCCUCCGAAGAAGAAGAAGCCCCGGACGUCGUUCACGCGCCUCCAGAUCUGCGAGCUGGAGAAACGCUUCCACCGUCAGAAGUAUCUGGCGUCAGCUGAGAGGGCAGCCUUAGCGAAAGCACUUAAAAUGACUGAUGCGCAGGUCAAAACAUGGUUCCAGAACAGAAGAACGAAAUGGAGGCGGCAGACAGCAGAGGAGAGAGAAGCCGAGCGACAGCAAGCGAACCGAAUCCUUAUGCAACUUCAGCAAGAAGCUUUUCAAAAGACUAUAAACCAACCUGUUACUCCGGACCCGAUCUGCCUACACAACAGCUCUCUAUUCGCACUUCAGAACCUCCAGCCCUGGACUGAGAACACGGCAAAAAUCAGUAGCGUUCCCAACACCGAUUAAGAGACUUUUAUGGAGGGCCGAUGUACAGAGGAAUAUCUCAGCAUCACAUUACUUUCUUGUUUUUAACGUAAAUUUGUACCUAAUAUGCAGCUUGUAUAAAACAGCUAGAAUACUUGCUGCUCUCUGUUACAGUCGUGCAGAAUAUUGUUUUAUUGAUUUUAUCAUUUCGAUUUCAACAAAAUGUAAACAUAAAAGACUGUCGUGUUUCGUUUGUAUCUCAAACAUUAAGUUUAUUUUGUACACUUCCAAUAGCAUAACGUUUGUGGUAACACUUUAUAAUAAUUUUCAUUAAUAGGCUAAAUCACAAAAUAUUAGGCUACAAAUAAAAUAUUAACAAACAAAACGAACGUACGAUUAUUCGUAGAAUUAUGGGCUGUUUUCCCAAUAGACUAUUAAUUUAAGUAUACCUACUAGGCUAUUAAAAGAAUCGUCACAUAUCAAAUAGUGCCCAGAAUUAUGCUAAAUAAAUCGUAAGGACACACCGGAUUACUGUCACCAAGCAGACCACCAGUUUUGUCGCAAAACAAAACGCCCACCUCUCUGUUGUGCGUGGAAAUACUGUGCGCCUCGUUAUAAUUAAUAUCCUUGUCAUUGUCAGGAUUAGACACAUGUAGACCCCACUGUCUCCAAGCACACCCUGUGAAGCUUGCACCUCUUUGACCCGCAAACAAGUGAAAAUGAAAUCUUAUGCUUGAUGACGAUGAUUAAACUCACAUACAUCUGACAGAUUACAGCCGCGAUUCCCUCACUGAGUACACUAGAAGUGUUGUGUGAACAUAAAACACUGACACAAUCAUUAAUCUACUUAUAUCGGUUCUUGGAAUUUAAAUUUCUAAUUUUAAAUUUCUUUAAAUUUAAAUAUCUAUUUUUAAACUAAAAAGGUAGGCUGUUUUAAAUAGGGGAUUAUGGAUAAAAGGCUAUAAUAGAUGAAGAGGCACCGGAUAUAGGGCGUAAAGCAUGUUCUUGUGUUAUGUGCACUUUUGCUAAACGCCUGUAAGAAAAAACGAACGUUCGUAACCUCGUUAAGUAGCCAAAGCUUCAUUUUAACAAAUUUACUGUUUUAACUGCAUUCAACUAAUAAGCCGAUGAGCAUUACAUAUUGUUAUGAUUAUGAAAAAGUUUUUUUUAUUAUAAAGUGUUACCAGAUGAUUUUUCGACAGGCCUAUGUUUUUUUUUUUUUUUUUUUUACAAUCGUAGGUUCACUUGGAGGAUUUGCACGUUUGUAAAUGAACACGUGCAGCAAAAAUAGCCCUGUGAAUUAAAAUAUAUUCUACAGGAAAAUGGGCCUUCAUGAACGAUUUUAAUUAUUCAUUCUUUUCAGAGGCGUGAUGUAAAUUGCUACAGCACUUGUUGCAGAAAUGUGUUGUUGACGUUACAAAAAGAUUAUUCGUUAGCAAAUAUGUACUUCUUUUGACAUUAGCCUACUUGUAAAGUUUAACUUUUCUGUAUUACAAUUAGGCUAAAUGUUCCAACCAUUCUUAAAAAAUUAAAGAGACAAAGACGAAAUAUCAGUGCUCAGUAACACCUGUAGCCUACUCAAGUCUAUAAAUUUUUUGUCUGAAUUUUCAUUUCACACAACCAACAUUUUAUCAAAAGGCAGAUCAGCUUGGUAGCACUGAUGUGUUUAUUAUUCUUUGAAAUUUCUUGAAAUAUAUGUGAUUACAAGAUUUUUAUUUGUCCUUCAGUUUCUUCGGUGAUGUCGGCGUGACCUAUAUAAAUUAUAUUUUAUUAUAGCUUGAUGUGAAUGGUUAAAUAUCUGUGGUCAUGUCUAAGACUGGGUCAUUCUAACUGUUCGAAUUGUUCAGCGCUUUUUGUUGAAUAAUAAGCUUAAUAGGCAAUAGCAACACAGGUUUUGUCAUUGUGGAUAGAUCCCAGAUAGCCUAUCUGUGAUGAAUCUGUACUCAAGUGAAUGACAGUUUUGGUUGCAUGAUAAAUGGAUGUUUUUUUCUUUUCUA